GCAAUUGAACAUAACUCUAUUUUUAUCCACACUUUUUUUUUUUUUUUUUUGGCAGGAAGAAAUGUUGGUAAACGUUGGAUCGCUAUUAGCCAAGGGGAAAGCAAAUUUCCACGUUAGGCUCUCAGGCCAAGCCGGAAUCACAUCACAGUUAAUUCCUGUCCACAUAACUGCUUUUUCUGUUGCCUGUUGGUACGUCGAGUUGACGGAUAUGGCAGCCGUGGCUUCUGCAGCCGCUCCACUAGUUCUAAAGAGUUGCUCCCCGGCUUCCAAAAACCCACCUCCAAAUGCUAUCAGAAUUGCCUUUGCCAACCCAAAUACAUGCUCUACCAAAAUUUCCAAGACCAGCGCCGGUCUGGUUCGAGCUUUAGAGUCUGAAAGGGAAGAAGCAAAUUCCGACAAAGAUAACCCUGAUGACAUUGCAUUCUUGUCCCAGGAAGAUUUGAACUACUUGGUUAAGCUGGGAGGUGGUUCUGUGGCGGGUGCGGCUGCAAUAAAGUAUGGAAGUGUUGUUUUUCCAGAGAUAACAAGACCCAACAUUAUUGAGGCUCUUGCCCUAAUUUCUUUCCCUGUCAUUGCCGCAGUCUUGCUUUUGAUCAGGCAAAGUCGUUCACAGUGAAGCGUCUGACUGACGUCUUUUGCCGUAGAUAUGAAAUGUUUUUCUUGCUACUCGUUUCUCCAUCGAGAGGAACUUAGAGAGGAGGAAUAUAUUGGUUAAAUGUGUUCUUUAGAAAUAAACCGCUGAUUUAAACUUUACUGCAAAA